UGCCUUUUUCAUUCGUCUCUUGAAUUCUGAACGCAACGGUUCGCCUUCGCUCCAAAUCGGCAAGCGGCACUCGAAAGCGCCAGUGCAAAGUUAACUAGAGUGCAAAAAUCCACACAAACUGAGAUUAAACCAAGUGAUAAGCCCCGGAGCAAAACAAACAAACAAACACAGACUCUUCCAAAAAAGAGAGUGCAACAAAAAUUUGAAAGUGCAAUGGACAUGGAUACCUUGCUACCUUCACCGCCCGCAACGCCCCCACUGAGGGAAAACAAGUUGGAAAACGUCGCCAAGGACGAGCAACAGGUGAACGAGAACCUGCUCAAGGCCAAGCUCAAGCUGGUGGCCCAAAAGAGCCAGAAAAAUGGAGGGAUUAUUACCCCCAAUCCCUCAGACACGGAAGACGACACUCCCGAAAUGGCGGUUCCCAACAAGAAACCUCGUUUGGAACAGCCUGCUAUGAGCAUGACACCGCCGCCGGAUCAGAAGCUAGACGAUGACCACAAGGCGGAAAGGGUUAGCGUCAUCAUGCGAGUCAACAGUUCUGGCGCUGUCUCCUCUAGUAGCCAAGACGAGAACUCAUCCAGUUCCACCUCCUGCUGCAGUUCCUCUUCCAACACAAACACAAGUACAAGUUCAGUGCCACCCACUGUGGAGGACGACUAUCCAGAAGCCAAUGUGUGGCGCAAUCUCAAGUUCAAAAUGAACAGGAAGCGUGCCGCAGAAGUGGCUCUACCCCCAGUACAAACACCCGAGACACCAGCCCCCAAGCUUGUAGCUCCACCUGCUCCAGCGGAAAGCAUCGAGGAGGAGGAAGUCAAGCCUAUUCUCACACCGAUAUAUGUUAGCCCUGUAGCUUCGACUGCCAGCCAACUGAUCCUGCUCAGCACAGUGGCCGCCCAACAGAGCCCCACACCCAUACCCAAACCGCCCACAAUGUCCGAGGAGAAACUAACAACCAGAAUUACGGCCGCUCAGGCGGCGGCCACCAGAAGUCGCAUCUAUGAGUGCAGUUUUCCCGACUGCGGCAAGAACUACUUCAAAAGCAGUCACCUGAAGGCCCACCAGAGGGUUCACACCGGCGAGCGACCCUUCAUCUGCAAGUGGGAGAACUGUGACAAGAGAUUCUCCCGUUCCGAUGAGUUGUCCCGUCACAAACGGACCCACACUGGCGAAAAGAAGUUCCAGUGCAGUGUCUGCCAGAAGAAGUUCAUGAGGAGCGACCACCUGUCGAAGCACGUCAAACGGCACAACAAGGACAAGGCGAACGGAGUGAACCGACAUGUCUCCCUAGCCAACAACAACACAUCAGCCUCGGUAGCGGCUUCCCUCUGCGAUGCCUCGCUCCAUCUGCGGGCGAUAGCACCGGCGGGCUCCAGCGCCAGUUCCUCGCCCAUCACCUCCGCCAGCUUGCCAGUCUACAGUGCCCAAGAUCUGCUGAGGCUACAGCAGCAGGCCAGCAGUUUCACCUUCGGCGGAACCCUGCUUCAAGUGCAGCGAUGAGAAGAGCAGUACGAGCAGCACCAGAACCAAUCUCAGCCCGACAGUAUCGCCAGCUAAACAGAGAUAAAUUCCCACCAAAUUGCAAAACAAAUUUACAUCCGAGUCGAAUUCGAAAGACCUUUUCCUCUCGUCUAGCUGGUGUAGACUUAAGCUUAGUUAGGAGCUAGAUCUUGUCACCGUUUUGUGCAUAUAUCAACUUCAAAUUCAAUACGUAAUACCCAAAUCGGAUAGAUGCCACUUCCUUUCCAGGAGCACGCAAACCACUUCUUAUCUAAGCGAUCUUCUUCAGAUUUAUAUUCUGAAUAUCCCUAGUGUUUGUACAUAUUAUAAGGAGACGCAUUCGGCGUCCAACAUCUGUGAUAUUUAAGUUUUCUUAACUCUUUUCUAUUGUACCAUAGUUGUCGGUGUAAUUCUCUUAAGCUUAAACACACACAAUUGUAUUUAUUGCUAAAUGUGAAAAAAGUAAAAGAAAACAUAUAGAAAUAAUGGAUCAUCCACGAUUCCAAUCUCAACAAAUGAAAAUAUACAUAUUUUCCAAAGAA